AUGUCAAUUGUUAUGUCAGUUGAAGCAAUAAUGAAAAGCUUUGUUGAUUUUAACACUAGUACUAGUGGAGCAAAAACUUCAAAUAUUUCAACCACGAUUAAGUGGUCUGCUCCUUCUAGUUUUUUUGUUAAAAUCAAUUUUGAUGGUUCAGUUAGUAGAGAUUCAGCUACUAGUAGUUUCGUUAUUAGAGACCAUGAUGGAAGACCAGUUAUUGUUGCCUUCAAGUAUAUUGGCAACUCUACUACCCCUGUUGCAAAAGCUACUGCACUCAAGGAUAUCCUGAUCGCGGCCAAAGACAAAGGUUUUACAAGAGUUGAAGUUGAAAGAGACUUGAAGCUGGUUAUUGAUGCAGUUAAUGGAGUAGUGAUCCCACCUUGGAGGCUGCUCAAAUUAAUUGAAGACAUUAGAACUAUUGCAACUUCCUUUUCUCAAAUUUUCUUUAAGCGUAUCUAUAAGUAA